UUAAUUUUAAAUCGGUACAAGAUGGCGGAGGGGGACGAGGCAGCGCGAAGGCAGCAGCCGCACCAGGGGCUGCGGCGCCGGCGGCGGACCAGCGACUCAAGCGCCGAGGUUAACCACGUCUCGUCCACGACCUCCCUAGGUGAGAAUUAUGAAGAUGAUGACCUAGUAAACUCUGAUGAGGUUAUGAAGAAACCAUGUCCAGUACAGAUUGUUCUUGCUCAUGAAGAUGACCAUAACUUUGAACUUGAUGAAGAAGCUUUGGAACAAAUAUUGCUACAGGAGCACAUACGAGAUCUUAACAUAGUAGUGGUAUCCGUGGCAGGAGCUUUUCGUAAAGGGAAAUCAUUUCUGCUGGACUUCAUGCUUAGAUAUAUGUAUAACAAGGAUUCUCCGAGUUGGAUUGGUGGAAACAAUGAACCAUUGACUGGCUUUACAUGGCGAGGUGGUUGUGAAAGAGAGACAACAGGCAUACAAGUUUGGAAUGAAGUAUUUGUGAUUGACAGACCUAAUGGAACAAAAGUGGCUGUGCUGCUAAUGGAUACCCAGGGUGCCUUUGAUAGCCAGUCAACAAUCAAAGACUGUGCCACAGUGUUUGCUUUAAGCACUAUGACUAGUUCUGUGCAGGUGUAUAAUUUAUCUCAGAAUAUUCAAGAAGAUGAUCUUCAACACUUACAAUUAUUUACAGAGUAUGGAAGACUUGCAAUGGAAGAAAUCUACCAGAAACCAUUUCAGACGUUAAUGUUUUUGAUUCGAGAUUGGAGUUAUCCUUACGAACAUUCAUAUGGUUUGGAAGGUGGAAAACAGUUCCUUGAAAAGAGAUUGCAGGUAAAACAAAAUCAGCAUGAAGAGCUGCAGAAUGUAAGGAAGCACAUUCACAAUUGUUUCUCAAAUCUUGGUUGCUUCCUUUUGCCACAUCCUGGUCUUAAAGUUGCAACUAAUCCUAGUUUUGAUGGGAGAUUGAAAGAUAUUGAUGAAGACUUUAAACGAGAGCUUCGAAAUUUGGUUCCGUUGCUGCUUGCCCCUGAAAACUUGGUAGAAAAAGAGAUCAGUGGAUCUAAAGUCACUUGUAGAGAUCUUGUAGAGUAUUUUAAGGCUUACAUUAAAAUCUAUCAAGGAGAGGAGCUUCCACACCCAAAGUCCAUGCUUCAGGCAACAGCUGAAGCUAAUAAUCUUGCUGCAGUAGCAGGAGCGAGAGACAUUUAUUGCAAAAGUAUGGAACAGGUCUGUGGUGGAGACAAGCCUUACAUUGCACCUUCAGAUCUGGAGCGAAAACACUUGGAUCUCAAGGAAGUGGCAAUCAAACAGUUUCGUUCUGUGAAAAAAAUGGGUGGGGAUGAGUUCUGCCGCCGUUAUCAGGACCAGCUCGAAGCUGAAAUUGAAGAAACCUAUGCAAAUUUCAUAAAGCACAAUGACGGCAAAAACAUCUUCUAUGCUGCUCGCACUCCCGCCACGCUGUUUGCGGUCAUGUUUGCAAUGUAUAUAAUCUCAGGACUGACUGGCUUCAUCGGCCUGAACUCGAUAGCCGUCUUGUGUAACCUUGUCAUGGGGUUGGCACUGACAUCUCUCUGUACUUGGGCGUAUGUUAAAUACUCUGGGGAGUUCAGAGAAAUUGGAACAAUGAUUGAUCAGAUUGCUGAAACACUAUGGGAACAGGUAUUGAAGCCCCUGGGUGAUAAUUUGAUGGAGGAGAACAUAAGGCAGUCUGUAACAAACUCUAUCAAAGCAGGCCUGACUGACCAGGUGUCUCACCAUGCCCGAUUAAAGACAGACUGACAGUUCAUCUCCUCACGGACUCCACUCUCCCUCUUGUUCAUGCUUGCUGUACAAUGAGAACUCAAAUAAAAAUAAACCAAAGUUUACAAUCAGCUGUAGAAGUAGUUUAGUGUAACUGGCUUCACAGACGGCUGCCACAGAGUGUGAAACUGUUGUUGGUUUUAAGCAUUCUUUUCAUGGCUCCUGCGACACGGAGACUGGCUGAGGAGCAUUAGUUUCUCAUGCACAUUUGUGCCAUGUUUAAUUCUCUUGUUUGCUUUUUACUUAUUCUAAUGUUAGUGAAAUUUUAUGUAAAAGGAUAUUUCAGGGAAAUAUUUUAAGAAAUCUAUUUAGAGUCUCUUUAACACAGUGUGUCCCAUUGAAGUUUUAAUUUGUAGAGAAUUUAUGAAUCACUGUAUCAAGAAUCGGAUUGGAAUGACAAUGAAGCCUUUAUUGAGCCACCACAUUAAAAGUAUAUAUUGCUUUACUGCCUUCAGUACCAGUAUUACAUAAAUGCAUGUAUCAAACUCCACCGCAAUUACAUGACAACUCUCGUAGCUAAGGAAGUAAUUCUGGGUGUACAUUUGUCUUGCCUUUUUAAAUUUAUAAACCUGCCCUAAAAGGAGAUGCAUAUCUGGGAAACUGAACUGUCUUUUUGCAGUUUAGCCUUCAUGUAUAUAAAAUAUGCCAUUAAUUUUGUUGGGGGAGAAAUUCCAUCCAAAAAUGUUGCCUACAGCUGUGAGUUAAGAGUGUCUGUACAGUGUGUAGCUUUUAUUUUCUAAAAUCACAGAUAGGGCAUGUAUAUGAAUUAUAAAUAUAUAAAUACGAUUUUGUAUUAAAAGUUUUGUAGUUUAUGGCAAAAUCUGGUUCUGUGGUAGGCUAAGAAGUACAGUCCCUGUGGAAGGAAUGUUUGUGGCUCCUGUCAGUGUGUGAAUGCAUAGACAAUUGGAAGUUUUUGAUAUAUUUGUGAUAUUUAUCUUGAGCACUGCAAUCUCACCCCCAAGGGAAUUCAAUGGGAAUGUUUAUCGUGACUUUGUCCUCUGUUGCAUUUUAAAGUUAUUUCCUGUAAUUUAUUUUCAGUACAUAAUUAAAAAUUUGUUGUAUAUAUACAGUGAAACUUGUGAUUCUUUUUUAAGAAAUUAUUUAUCCCACUGCAUAAACCAUACUUGCUUCUACUGCAAAGAAAGUGAGCAGGGAACUCCCAAGUGGAGAGCUCUUAUGUAUUGUCCCUCGAAGCUAAGCUUGUUGUAAAAAGGUAUUUUUCUGUGUCUGUGUAAGGGAGAACUUGCUGUCAUUAGCCUACAUGUAGCAGGGGAUUUAUUAAUUUCUUCUGUUUUGUUUUUUUUUUUUUGGUGGUAUAUGUAUUUUUUCCAGUACUUUUGUUUGUUGCUGCCUUUAUGAACAUCUGUUAAAGUACCUGGCUUGGUUUUUAAGUGAAGAAAAUUCAGAUGUUGAAUGGCAUGAGUGACCCCUCUAAAUUUAUGUUGGUUGAUAAAUCUCCCUCCCACCCCCAUUCAGGUCUUGUUUUUAUAUGGGUUAUAUUUGUUACCAUCUGUAUUAAAUUGCUACCUACUCACAUGUUGCUAAACACAAUCCACUUGGGGAGUGUCUUUAUUUCUCCCACCACCCUGUUUUCUGAAUGCUGUGGACUGUUUUUAUGAAUGAAAAAUAAAAAGUUGUUGUAUAAUA